AUGGGCAUGCAGAAUCUCUCAGGUGUGACUGAAUUUAUCCUGCUGGGCAUCCCGCACACAGAGGGCCUGGAGGCCAUGCUCUUUGCCUUGUUCCUGUCCUUCUACAUUUUCACACUUACAGGGAACCUGCUCAUACUUCUGGCAAUCGUCUCCUCCACUCAGCUUCACACUCCCAUGUACUUCUUCUUAUGCAAGUUGGCUGUUUGUGAUAUAUUUUUCCCUUCUGUGAGUUCUCCCAAGAUGCUGUUCUACCUCUCAGGGAACAGCCGAGCCAUCUCCUAUGCAGGAUGUGUGUCCCAGGUCUUCUUCUACCACUUCCUGGGCUGCACUGAGUGCUUCUUGUACACAGUGAUGGCCUAUGACCGCUUUGUUGCCAUCUGCCACCCUCUGCGCUACACAGUAAUCAUGAGUCUCAGAGCAUGCACCAUUUUGGCCACAGGGACCUCGAUAUUUGGUUGUAUUCAGGCCAUCUUUCUCACCACACUCACCUUCCAGUUGCCCUAUUGUGGCCCCAAUGAAGUAGACUAUUACUUUUGUGAUAUCCCAGUGAUGCUGAAGCUAGCUUGUGCAGACACCUCGUCCCUGGAGAUGGUUGGAUUCAUCAGUGUUGGCUUCAUGCCCCUCAGCUGCUUUGUCCUCAUCCUCACCUCGUACUGCUGCAUUGUCAGCUCCAUUCUGCAGAUCCGCUCUGCUGAGGGCCGCCGUCAUGCCUUCUCCACCUGCAGUGCCCACCUCACUGCCAUCCUGCGUUUCUACAUGCCUGUGGUCUUCAUCUACUUAAGGCCAACCCCAAGCCCCUUGCUGGAUGCAACUGUGCAAGUGCUGAACAACCUGGUCACCCCCAUGCUCAACCCCUUGAUCUACAGCCUCAGGAAUAAGGAGGUGAAAUCAUCACUAAGGAAUGUCCUACAUCAACUGGGCUUCCUUCCUCAGCAGUUAUAG